CUGGCAGUGCAGGUGACCACAGAGAUAUCAGGACAGAGAUAGACAGAGAGACAUGAGCUGCCAGGCCUUCAGCAGUACUGACUCGUUCAGCACUUUGAGCGGCGAUUCAGCUGCUCUACCUCUGCUUAUGCACCAUGCUGGAGCUGCUGACUGCCUUCCCGUCACCAGCCACACCACCAACAUUGUGCCUCCAGUUCCCUCAGGUCUGCCCCUGGUCCAGUCAUCCAAGCGCUCUCACAUGCAUCUGUCCACUUCUGCCCUGAGCAACGCCUCAGCCGGCCUGCACUACUCCAUGCCCCCAUGUCACUAUAGCAACCAGCAGACCACCUACGGCAUGAUGGCAGCACAGGAAAUGCUCUCAGCCAGCAUCUCUCAGACGCGCAUCCUGCAGACCUGCAGUGUCCCACACAAUAUGGUCAAUGGAGCCAACUCACUUCAAGGUGCCCUGGCUCCAUGUCUGUAUAAGUUCCCUGAGCACAGUCUGGCUGGAGGUUCGUGCACUCUGUCCCACAGUUUCUCCGCACUGCCCCAGGCCCUGUUCACAGAUGAGCCUACUCUGGGAGACAUCAAACAAGAGCUGAGGAGGAAGAGUCGAGCCCCAGAGGAACCUCCAGACAUGGACUCACCCCAGAUCCGUGAGCUCGAGAAGUUUGCCAAUGACUUCAAACUACGCAGAAUCAAACUCGGUUACACUCAGACUAAUGUUGGAGAGGCUCUAGCAGCUGUACACGGCUCUGAGUUCAGUCAGACGACCAUCUGUCGCUUUGAGAACCUCCAGCUCAGUUUCAAAAAUGCUUGCAAGUUGAAGUCCAUACUUGCCAAAUGGUUGGAGGAGGCUGAGCAGGCUGGUGCAUUAUUUAAUGACAAAAUGGGACUUCAAGAACGCAAACGGAAGCGAAGAACUACCAUCAGUCUAGGGGCAAAGGAAGCGCUGGAGAGGAAUUUUGUGGAGAAGAGUAAGCCGUCCUCACAGGAGAUUGUGCGAAUGGCAGAGGGACUCCAUUUAGAGAAGGAGGUGGUGCGUGUUUGGUUCUGCAACCGCAGGCAGAGGGAGAAAAGAGUCAAGACAAGUCUACACCACAGCUCUUUCAUGACCAAAGAUACUGUAGGUAGACAUGAUAGAUGAUGAUAAUAAUGAUCAUGUGUUAAAAAGCUACUCUUCUCAGGCUCAGACCCUUUACCUCUUAACUCCUCAGACAAUCAAAGUAAAUUUGUGUCAAAGAGAAUGCAGUAAUAUUGUUCAGAGCAUUAUACAAUAGUGCAUACUGACAUUGUACAGGGGGGAAAACCUUCCUGAUUUGUUAACAGGAGUGAAUGUAGUGCUCUGCCUGUACAGAGGUGACCCAUUUAAGGGAACACAUGCAGAGGAAAUGCUGUAAAUCAUUAACAUACAGUUGGGUUACCAUAAUUAUUUUCACAUCAUUUUGACUCAUUUUGAGGAUUUUUUUUAUUUUAUUUGGAUGAACAAAUACUUCAUCCAAGUGCAUUUAAUAUAGUAAGUUAUUUAAAUUAAUAUAUUCAGGUCUGAAUUUUGCAGUAAUUGCCAAUUAAAAUGUAAUAUACUGAAUUAAUCUACAAGUAAGGCAGUGGAAUAUUGAUUUCCUAUUGUAAAAUCACUGUUACAUAAUAGAAAGUGAAUGACAAUGAAAACGCACAUAAGAGGACUUCAUGGUGGGUGUAAUGGGCAUGUGAGUUUUUAAAGACUCGCAUUCUAAUCACACUGGUGUUAAUACCUUAAAUAAUUAAAAACAGAUAAGCACAAUUGAUGGCAUUGUCUUGUAUAACUAACAAAGUUGAAAUAAUGGCAGCAAAAACUGUAUAAAAAAAGCAUAGUAUUCAAUUCACAACAGUCAUACUAGAAGAUAUAAAGACAACACAUGCACAC